CGUCCAAGAAUAUUUAAAGAACAGCAGGAUUACUUUGAAGAAUACGACGAUGUUGAUUUUAGCACAAGAUUUCAGUUUUCAAAAGAAUCUACUCUGGGUGUUUUGCGGUUACUAGAAUACAAACUUGAGCACCCAUCAGAUUGAAAUGAAUCUAUUUCUCCCAUAAACUAACUUUUAUUGACUCUACGAUACUAUACAACUGGUUCAACACAAAUGACAGUGGGUGACAAUUGUGGCAAGUCAACUGCACACAGAAUUAUACAUAAGGUCACCGCUGCUAUAGCCUCUCUUAGCCGAAAUUUUAUACAAUUUCCGGACACUAUAACUGAAUAAAGAACAGUUCAGCUACUUUUUUAUAAUAAAGCACGGUUUCUAAAAUUUCUGGGUGCUAUAGAUUGUACCCAUAUUAAAAUCCGCUCCCCAGAUCGAGAAAAUGCUGAAUAUAUUAGAAACUGCAAAGGCUACAUGUCAAUUAAUGUCCCAGCAAUUGCUAGUGCAGACUUGAAAAUUAUGGAUCUAGUAGCAAGAUGGCCUGGUAGUAGUCAGGACCAAACUAUAUGGAAUUCUUCAUUCAGAAAUGCAAUGUUUGACAGAGGUCACUAUAGUGAUGCAGUUUUGUUAGCUAAAAGUGGAUAUAUGAAUAAACCCUAUAUAAUGAUGCCACUGGAUAAUCCCAGAACACCUGAUGAAAGUCUAUAUACUGAGGCCCAAAUACGAAGCAGAAAUCCAGUAAAAAGUCUGUUCUGGGUUUGGAAGCGACGGUUUUCUAUACUUUCUCUGGGCAUGCAGAUUGAGCUGAAAAACUGUUUGGCAGUUGUUGCUACUGGUGUAUUUCAUAAUAUAUUGAUGAAAUCAGGAUGUCGUAAGAGGCGACUAAGUGAUACUGCGCUCUUAAGACCUAUGCAAGAGAAAGAAAAAUCGAAAUAA